AACCUAAACCUCUUUCUUGUCCUCGUAGCAGGCGACCUUCCCAACUACAGCUUGACUACACUGGCCAUUGUCAUCGUGGCUCCGGUCAUCGUGCUCAUCAUCCUCUCAGGCAUCGCCAUCCUGGUGUUCAGACGGAUCCACCAGAACCAGAUGGAGAGGCUGACGGCCCGGGAGGCUGAGUACGGCACAAUAGACGGACUCAUAGCCUCCAACGUGGGGGAGAGCACUCUGGCGGUGAGUAGGACAUGAUCAUACUGUACCAUACCAUACCAGGGCCCAUAUUAUCAGAAUUUCAGAGCAGGAGAGCUUUACUAGGAUCAGGUCCUGCAUGUCCAUAAUAAUGUAAUUUCAUUAUGAUCUCAAAGUUAAAACUGAUCCUAGAUCAGCACUCUACUCUGGUGAGAGGCUUUAAAAAUAUGGGCCAAGGUCUGGGAUGGGCUGGGUGUGGUGCUGUGGUUUAAGUGGUUAGUCCACACAGUACAGCACUGAAAACAUUUAUGGACUCUCAAACGAUGUCAUUAUGUUGAGCCCAAAGAGCAUUUUUGUGUGCGCUAGACUAGAGAAUGUGUGCUAGGUAGUCAUGCACUUCCAUGUUCCUGGUUGUCCAUGUAGUAGGCCUAUAUCAACUGUGCCGGGAUUCAAUUUUUGUCCUGUGAAUUGGGAAUUAAAGUAUUUGUUCUACAACUGUGAUGGAAAAUAGUCGUAUUGUUUUGCCAUAGCAAAUUGAGUGCAUGUGUUUCACGGAUACACAUGAUUUCAACAAAAUUGCUUGUUUUGUAGAAUUUUGGUUACUCUAGUGAUAGAAUGCUUUAAGCUCGCAACUGUAAUCAGCAUUUGUUUGAUAAACCCAAGAAAAACCCAUAAAUGUAAUUAAAAACUUUAAGGAAAACACUAAACACAGAGUGUUUACAGCAAAGUGUGACCACUGACCAGUCUCCCUGAUAACACUGGGCUGGGGUGUGCUAGACUAGGAAUUGCUGAUGUUGGAUCUAUUUCAAGCUAUUUUCAAAGCCCAUCAGAGAACUUGGCAACGGAAUCCCCAAAUAUGCUGCCGCAGAAUGUUUGUUUCAGUAUAAUUAAAAAGUGCUUGGCAGCACCCAGAGAAAAGUUAUUAGGAGCAGUGGUUUCAGUAGACAAUGUAAACACAUUUCCUUAAAACACACGUAGCGCUCCCUCUGUAGCCCUGGGUGCCUAAAUCUGUGGUGAUUAUGAUUAUGGUAAUGCUGUGGCUGAAUUUCCCACCGCUCCUCUCUCCCCUUCCACCGAACAGCCCAGAUCUGCCCUCCCACCAAACAGAGAUGUUAAACUCACGACAAAAUGAGUCGUCAUUUGGAUUUACGGCUUCUAUUUACCAUUCCUUCCCUUUACUUGCUUUCACACAGCUGUUGUUUUACGCAUGCAGCAUCUAUAUUUUAAAUGUUUCCAUUUUAUUCCUCUCUGCUUGUUAGUGUUUUUCUCAGCUGUAUUUGAAGGAGUUGCUAAACACUGCCCCCUUGUGUCAGUCAUGGUGCCCUGCAGAGGCCUGGAGAGAUACAAAAUAAAGAUUUAGCAGCAUUGUGCCUGUUUGGAGUCUAGGGCUGGGAUUAGAUCAAAUCUAUCAGCCCCUUCAGCUCACUAAUCACCAGGAACUGCUGUUGUUUACCCAUCAGAGAACUCUCUGUUGCUCCAGGGAGGCCAGACAGACAGAACCAACCAACAGCACCCUGAACAGCUUUUACCCCCAAGCCAUAAGAUUGCUUAAUAGUUAACCAAAUAGCUACCCGAACUAUCUGCAUUGACCCACGUUUGCACUAACUCUUUUGACUCAUCACAUGCACUGCUGCUACUGCUUAUUAUCUAUCCUGUUGCCUAGAAACUUUAUCCCUACCUUAAUGUACAUAUCUACAUCAAUUACUUUGUACCCCUGCACAUAAACUCUGUACUGGUACCCCAUAUAUAUAUAGGCAAGUUAUUGUUACUCAUUGUGUAUUUAUUCCUUGUGUUACUAUUAUACUCUGCAAUGUUUGGAAGGGCCCGUAAGUAAGCAUUUCACUGUUAGUCUACACCUGUUGUUUGCGAAGCAUGUGACAAAAAUUUGAUUUGACAGACAGACAGACAUCUCUCCAGCGUGGCCACUACCCAGACAGGGAGACGGCUAGAUAGCCCUUGGAGUCUGAGCAGUAUGAGCACUGAGCAACUCCCGCUCCAAUCAGGCACAUCAAAGAGGGGGGACCAUGUUAGCUCCCCCAUCUGAAUCCCAAAUGCUCUGCUAUGUUGAGUCUGGGGCAGGGCCACCUUUUUCAUCUAGGGACUACAGGUUGAUCUGAUCCCUCUGGAUGCUGUUCCUUUAUUGGCUGUCCCUCCCCUUCUCUCAGGAUUUGCUGGAUCACUCGUGCACGUCGGGAAGUGGCUCCGGACUCCCCUUCCUAGUUCAGAGAACCGUCGCCCGACAAAUCACACUCAACGAGUGUGUGGGUCAGUAUCCAAUAGUCUGUUCUCUCUUUGUUCAGUAACUGAGGUGUACAUUUAGGCUCAGGGCAUCCAUUGUAUGCAUGGACAUGGUUUUGGAGUAAAGUGUAGCACCUUUGGAACAGAUUUGUUUUGCAAAACAGAGCCAGUGCUGUUCCCUGACCCUGGGAGUUUUCUUAGUAUUAUUUUUCUUUUUCUUCGUUUUCUUACAGCUCGGUCUGAAACAUGGCCAAAUGGCCAAUGUAACUGGCAACAAAAAUAUUUUUAAGAGUUUCAUGUCAAAUGGGGAUAUAGUUAGAUGUAGUUCAUGCAAAAGGUCAAGUUGAGUAAGAUGACCAAAAUAAAAGUACUGCGUAUUCCAUUAACUAAUGGUCUGCAGUUUUGUGUAACUACCUUUUAUAAAAACCAAUCAAAUCAGCAAAACGAUCUCUAUAUACAGAGAUUCUGACAUUUGAGUUGGGAGAGAACAUUGGGGGUAUUCAUGUCGUAUUUUUUUUAUUUUUUUUGAUGGGUUUAUAUUUUUCCACUGUAUUUGAUGGAUGCCAUUCUGUCAUUUAUGGCCAGAUCUUUAUUCCCAAAACACCUCAAAGUGCUAAUCUGGGAUCAGGUCACCCCUGUCCAUAUCAUUUAAUUCAUUAUGAUCUAAAAGGCUAAACUGAUCCUAGGUCAACACUACUUAUGAAUGCAGGGCUUAUUGAGAACGUCUGCUGUGUUCAUCUCUUCCCCCGUUUCCCCCUGCUAUAGGUAAGGGGCGCUAUGGUGAGGUUUGGCGAGGCCAGUGGCAGGGGGAGAGUGUGGCUGUGAAGAUCUUCUCCUCCAGAGAUGAGAAGUCCUGGUUCAGAGAGACUGAGAUCUACAACACAGUGCUGCUGAGGCAUGAGAACAUCCUGGGUACGUACCUCCAGAUACGCUCUGGGCGAAGCAACCCAGUCUGACAGGAGCUGCUCUAUAUGGGGCAAAUCCAAACUCCCACUGAAGUGGAAUGUUUUUUUUUUUUUUUUUACUUAGUCCUGCAUUGGUGUCAAUGGAAGACUAAGUGAAAAUUUGACCUGUGGGAGUUAGGAUUCACCGCUAUCGGUCUGGCAGUGUUUUUUAUUUUAGUGAAAAAAUUUCUGUGUCAUAUUGAUUUUGAAGAAAGACCUUUCCCAGCUUUUCCCUGAGCUCUAAUAGCUGUCUGUGUGCGUCCUUGACUGCAGGCUUCAUCGCUUCGGACAUGACUUCUCGAAACUCGAGUACACAGCUGUGGCUGAUCACCCACUUCCACGAGAUGGGCUCGCUUUACGACUACCUGCAGCUGAGCACCCUAGACACAGCCAGCUGUCUGCGCAUGGCUUUGUCCAUCGCCAGCGGCCUGGCACACCUCCACGUGGAGAUCUUCGGCACCCAGGGCAAGCCGGCCAUCGCCCACCGAGACCUCAAAAGCAAAAACAUACUCGUCAACAAGAACGGCCAGUGCUGCAUCGCUGACCUGGGUAAGAGCAUAGUGUUGUGGAUAUAAAGCAAACUGUAUGCGUUCAUUCAAAAUUUGUAUAGGUUGUUGUCAGAGGAGGCUGGUGGGAGUUGCUAUAGGAGGAUGGGCUCAAUGUAAUGGCUGGAAUGGAAUAAAUGGAACCGUAUCAAACAUAGAAACCACAUAUUUUACUCUGUUCCAUCUAUUCCAUUCCAGCCUUUACAAUGAGCCCAUCCUCCUAUAGCUCCUCCCACCAGCCUCCACUGGUUGUUGUUCACUAGAUGUUGUAAAUUAAUCAAUUUAAUGUGACCGUGUUCUGUUAUUGUGUCCAUAUUAUAUAUUGUGAUAAAACAAACUGCGGAGAAAAUGCCCUGUUUUGUUUCUUGUGAUGCUGUAAAAGUGGUGGUAAUUGCUUCUUUUCAAAUUGUCGCCAACCCUCUUCCCUCGGUCUACCCUGUUUGUUGAGCAUUAGAGGAAGAACAGCAGGGCAGGAAGCUUUUUAAGCCUUAACCAAACAUGCAUUAAGGGGCACUCAUGUCCCAUACUCAAAGUUCUCGGUGCUAAUGAUAAAAGUGUGAGUCAUUUCAGGUAGCGCUGGCUACUCUUUGAGACUACUACUACGAUCACGACCGUCACCCUUAUUAAGUUGUUUAUGAGCUGCAUUCUGCUCGCAUAGAAGAUGUUGUUUUUGUCGUGACACGAUCGUGAUGUCAUUUCAUAAAUAGGGUUGUUUUUGACAACAGUCCUAAGCUAUCUGGUUGUUUUACCAUUCCUAUUUUAAUCAAAUCCACCAGGAGGACAGUAUACUCUACUUUGGAUAUAUUCAUUUUAUAGGGACAAUCAUUUUUGGUACAUAGACACCAUAUUGAAUCCUUUAAUGAUUUUGCAAUGUGAUUUAAUAAAAAAUCAUGUAUUUUUCUGUCCUAGGUCUUGCUGUGAUGCAUUUCCAAGACACAAAUGAGUUAGACGUGGGCAACAACCCUAAAGUAGGCACGAAGCGCUACAUGGCUCCAGAGGUCCUGGACGACUCCAUCCAGAUGGACUGCUUUGAGUCCUUCAAGAGAGUGGACAUCUGGGCCUUUGGCCUGGUCCUGUGGGAGAUUGCAAGGAGCACGGUCAGCAACGGUCAGUACAAUACACGCUGAAUGGUUUCUUCUGUUCUCUCUCACUCCUUUACUCAUCUACCAUCAAAUCAAAGUUGAUUUGUCAUAUGCACAGAAUACAGUGUAGUGUACACAGUACAAUGAAAUACUUACUUGCAAGCUCUCCUCUCAAACAGUGCAGCAACUAUAACAAGUAUUCAGUAAAAAGUAGAAUAAAAACAAACAUCUAGAAUGUCAUGCAUUUACUACAUGACAUGUAGUAGUUUGAUCAUACAGAGCUGCUGUAGGUAUCAGUCUGUUACCUGCCUGUCUGUGUCUGCAUGCUGUUCUUGGAAUAUUAUUUGAUGUCCCUGUCAGGGCAUAAUGAAAACCUAUAAUAAUAUGUAGAACAUCAUUUAGUGUCCAGCUGGAAGUGUUCCUUUCGCAGAAAGUCUAGCAAUCGAAUAGCAAAACUGCCGUAUCACUUUGCUAUUCACAAAGUUGCAUUGGCUGUUGGCAGAACAAGUCAAUGAUUCAAAUCAAUAUUUGGGCUGACAGUCUCAUUGAUGAAAUGAGUGAAUGUGACUUCAGAGGAGGACAUGUAUUUUUCAUGUAUUUUUCCUAAUCUCUGUUACUUGCAUAUUGCUCAAUAUUAAAAUUCCCAUGCAGAUUGGAGAUCUCAGACAUUUCUAUGUUGUGUAUUUUCCCCCAUACUCUGUGUAGGCAUUGUAGAGGACUACAAGCCUCCCUUCCAUGACGUGGUGCCCAGCGACCCCAGCUUUGAAGACAUGAAGAAGGUGGUGUGUGUGGACCAGCAGAGACCCAACAUCCCCAACAGAUGGUUCUCAGACCCAGUGAGUACAGAGACAAAGACAAGCAGAGGUGGAGAACUAGCUAAUAUGUUAAUCAUAAAUAAUACGAGCCUCUCCAAAUCUGUCUAUUUAUAAACUGUGCAGAAUGCUGCACUGUCUGCUAGGUUGUCCUUCAUCAGACGGUUACUUGUGUCUCUGUAAACAGCCUGUCAGCCGCCAACCUCAUUUCCCAGCUCCAUUGAAAACAUAAUACGGUCUGAUUGGCGGUUUAAAUCUUUUGUGCUUAGAAUUCUAGCCUUUAUAUUACUAAUUCUGAAAUAAACUCAGCAAAAAAAGAAACGUCCUCUCACUGUCAACUGCGUUUAUUUUCAGCAAACUUUACUUUUUUUUUUUUUUUUUUUUACAUUUAAGUCAUUUAGCAGACGCUCUUAUCCAGAGCGACUUACAGUUAGUGAGUGCAUACAUUUUUCAUACUGGCCCCCCUGUGGAAAUUGAACCCACAACCCUGGCGUUGCAAACGCCAUGCUCUACCAACUGAGCUACAUGGGAAGACUAAGUAUUUGUAUGAACAUAAGAUUCAACAACAGACACAAACUGAACAAGUUCCACAGACAUGUGACUAAUAGAAAUUGUUCAGGGACACAUUAUUCGAAGGGGGGUCAAAAUCAAAAGUAACAGUCAGAAUCUGGUGAGGCCACCAGCUGCAUUAGGUACUGCAGUGCAUCUCCUCCUCAUGGACUGCACCAGAUUUGCCUGUUAUUGGUGUGAGAUGUUACCCCACUCUUCCACUAAGGUACCUGCAAGUUCCCUGACAUUUUUGGGGGGAAUCAAUUUUAUUUUAUUUAUUUUAUAUAGCCCUUCGUACAUCAGCUAAUAUCUCGAAGUGCUGUACAGAAACCCAGCCUAAAACCCCAAACAGCUAGUAAUGCAGGUGUAGAAGCACGGUGGAAAAACUCCCUAGAAAGGCCAAAACCUAGGAAGAAACCUAGAGAGGAACCAGGCUAUGAGGGGUGGCCAGUCCUCUUCUGGCUGUGCCGGGUGGAGAUUAUAACAGAACCAUGCUAAGAUGUUCAAAAAUGUUCAUAAGUGACAAGCAUGGUCAAAUAAUAAUCAGGAAUAAAUCUCAGUUGGCUUUUCAUAGCCGAUCAUUAAGAGUUGAAAACAGCAGGUCUGGGACAGGUAGGGGUUCCAUAACCGCAGGCAGAACAGUUGAAACUGGAAUAGCAGCAAGGCCAGGCGGACUGGGGACAGCAAGGAGUCACCACGGCCGGUAGUCCCGACGUAUGGUCCUAGGGCUCAGGUCUCUCAGUUGGCUUUUCAUAGCCGAUCAUUAAGAGUUGAAAACAGCAGGUCUGGGACAGGUAGGGGUUUCGUAACCGCAGGCAGAACAGUUGAAACUGGAAUAGCAGCAAGGCCAGGCGGACUGGGGACAGCAAGGUGUCAGCAUGCCCGGUAGUCCUGACGUAUGGUCCUAGGGCUCAGGUUCUCAGAGAGAAAGAGAGAACGAGAGAAUUAGAGAGAGCAUACUUAAAUUCACACAGGACACUGGAUAAGACAGGAGAAGUACUCCAGGUAUAACCAACUGACCCCAGCCCCCCGACACAUAAACUACUGCAGCAUAAAUACUGGAGGCUGAGAUGGCCCUAGCCCUCACCCUCCUAUCCAACAGGUCCCAGACGUGCUCAAUGGGAUUGAGAUCCGGGCUCUUCGCUGGCCAUGGCAGAACACUGACAUUCCUGUCUUGCAGGAAAUCACGCACAGAACGAGCAGUAUGGCUGGUGGCAUUGUCAUGCUGGAGGGUCAUAUCAGGAUGAGCCUGCAGGAAGGGUACCACAUGAGGGAGGAGGAUGUCUUCCCUGUAACGCACAGCAUUGAGAUUGCCUGCAAUGACAACAAGCUCAGUCCGAUGAUGCUGCGACACACCGCCCCAGACCCCAGACCGUCCACCUCCAAAUAGAUCCCGCUCCAGAGUACAGGCCUCGGUGUAACGCUCAUUCUUUCGACGAUAAACGCGAAUCCGACCAUCACCCCUGGUGAGACAAAACAGUGACUCGUCAGUGAAGAGCACUUUUUGCCAGUCCUGUCUGGUCCAGCGACGGUGGGUUUGUGCCCAUAGGCGACGUUGUUGCCGGGGAUGUCUGGUGAGGACCUGCCUUACAACAGGCCUACAAGCCCUCAGUCCAGCCUCUCUCAGCCUAUUGCGGAAAGUCUGAGCACUGAUGGAGGGAUUGUGCGUUCCUGGUGUAACUCGGGCAGUUGUUGUUGCCAUCCUGUACCUGUCCCGCAGGUGUGAUGUUCGGAUGUACCGAUCCUGUCUGCCACUGCGAGGACGAUCAGCUGUCCGUCCUGUCUCCCUGUAGUGCUGUCUUAGGCGUCUCACAGUAUGGACAUUGCAAUGUAUUGCCCUGGCCACAUCUGCAGUCCUCAUUCCUCCUUGCAGCAUGCCUAAGGCACGUUCACGCAGAUGAGCAGGGACCCUAGGCAUCUUUCUUUUGGUGUUUUUCAGAGUCAGUAGAAAGCCUCUUUAGUGUCCUAAGUUUUCAUAACUGUGACCUUAAUUGCCUACCGUCUGUAAGCUGUUAGUGUCUUAACGACCGUUCCAUAGGUGCAUGUUACAAUGAAGAUCUGUGAAGUUAUUUGGAUUUUUACGAAUCAUCUUUGAAAGAUAGGGUCCUGAAAAAGGGAUGUUUCUUUUUUUGCUGAGUUUAUAUAUUUUUAAAUACUUUUUUGGUUAUUGUAUUGUUUCUAGAUAUUACUGCACUGUUGGAGCUAGAAACACAAGCAUUUCGCUGCACCUGAAAGAACAUCUGCAAAUCUGUGUAUGGGACCAAUAAACAUAUUUGAUUUUAAGAAUAAUUGCUUUACCCUUUGCUUUGCGGAACUAUACACUUUCACAGUAAAAGAAUGAGAAGAAAACAACGUUAUUUUGCGUGUGUUCAUUACUUUAUACCUGGGAUAUCAUUUUGAAACGUGAAAAGUAAAAGAAUUGCUGGAGAUGGACUUUAACUCUGAUUUCCUCUUGCUUUCCAGACUUUAACGUCCAUCGCAAAACUUAUGAAGGAGUGCUGGUACCAGAAUCCAUCUGCCAGAUUAACGGCACUACGCAUCAAAAAGACACUGACAAAAAUCGACAACUCUCUGGACAAAAUUAAAAUGGACUGUUGAGCUUCUUCCUCAUUGGUGCGAAGGGAGAGGAGACCUAAAGGCCUUUAAAGACGUCCAGCAGGCAGUUCGGUUCCCCUGGACAACACACAGGAGAAAAAAGGACUGGUUGGGCUCAGUGCUCUUAAAGUGGCACAUUGUAUUUAUUUUUAAACCCUUGGUGGGACACAUUUUGGCAUCCAAAGAUGGCUUAGAGGGCAUUUAAAAGACUGCCAAUAGUCUUGGAUAUUAGGUGACUAUCCCUUUUAAGACAUAGGAAUAUUGAACUAAUAGUCACGUUCUUCAAGGAAGAAACUGUUACCUGGGCAUUUGAGUACUGUAUAUCGCUUUAGAGCUGCCGAUUUUUCUUUGACACGACUUAAGUUUGAGAAACGUCUGAACAUAUUUAAUUUAGCAAUAUUGGCUGUGCUUUAUUGCUGUUAUUGCACUAGCAAUCUUUGCAUUCUUGGCUUGCACUGUUGCAUUAGGAAAAAAACAACUUGCCAAAAAUGUUUUGGUUUAUAGUCCAUACAAACUCCCUAUCUUAACAGUAAUCAGAAUGAGGAGAAAAUAGUUAAGUUUUACUUUGACUGCAUCUCUCUUGCACUGCUGUUUACAAUACUGUUAGAACAAUUCUCUUGGUAUUUCAUCCAACCUGUAACUAAUUUAGCUAACACACUGUGUUGUAGAAUUGUGCUGCAGACAGUUAUAGCCACUCUUUACUUCUUCCUUCGGAGAUGUCAUCUAACAUAUCCUGUCGCAGAAACUUUUUAUAUCGCCAUACAUUUCACAUUAUGUACCUGUUCUUUGUUUGGUUGUUUCAUCAGCUUUGAGACAAAUCCUAAAAGAGCAAAUAAAAGAUUUACUAGAUGACGCUGAACUCAAUUCAUACAGAAGCAGAAGGUAUGCCUGUAAAGUAAUUGUCUUAAUUUGUGCAUUGUCAAAGUAAUUGAAGUCAGACUUCAGCCCUUUUUUAUUUUUUACAUUUUAUAUCAA